AUGACGCACCAAAGCGAGGCUCUUGCUCGCACGAUCAUUGGCAUUAUUGGGAAUGUGAUUUCAUUCGGACUCUUUCUCUCCCCAGCGCCAACUUUUGUAAGAAUAUGGAAGAAAAAAACCACAGAAGAGUUUCAUCCAUACCCAUACCUGGCCUGUGUUAUGAACUGCCUUUUCUGGAUCUUCUAUGGUAUACCAGUGGUGCAUCCUGACAGCACUCUUGUGAUCACCAUCAAUGGCAUUGGCCUCGCCAUGGAGUUGAUUUAUCUCACCAUUUUCGCCAUUUACACCAGCAAAAGGAAUAGGGGAAUUAUCGCCCUAGUUCUUUUGGCUGAGGCAGUGCUCUAUACCGGAGUUAUCCUCAUCACGCUUCUCUGUUUUCACACCCAUAAGAUGAGAUCCAUGUUUGUGGGGAUCAUAUGUGUUGUCUUCGGUAUAAUUAUGUAUGGAUCUCCUCUGUCCAUUGUUAGAAAAGUAUUCAAGACCAAGAGCGUUGAGUUCUUGCCAUUUUGGCUCUGCCUGGCUGGUUUCACAAAUGGAGCCAUAUGGUUCACGUAUGCUUUCCUCAAGACCUUUGACCCCUAUCUUUGUACUGGAAACGGAAUAGGAGGACUACUAGGAUUAUUCCAGCUGUGCGUAUACGCAUACUUCAGUUUUAAAGGGCCUCCUCCUAAGGCAGCAGGUGACGCAAAGCCAUCAGAAGUACAGCUCCAAAACACUGCAACAAACACGAACACGACUUCACCACCUGUCUGA